AAUAGGAUGGCGUAGUCACAAAGCUUUAAAGAAGUAAGUGAGUGAAUCGGCUAUGGUAAUAGCAACAUACUCCGUACGGGGCACAGUGACGAAGUUCACAUCUAUUUUUAAGCCUGCCUGGCAGCAUGUAGGUGCAGAACAGAGCCCAUGACCCUUUUUACUGUUCCGAAGCCAUGGACAUGGCUACUGUCUCUGUUCCAGUUCAACAUCAGAGCUGUUUUUUCUCCCUAACGAAUACUAUGGGAAGACAGAGAAGCCUCAAGCUGUUUUGAAGAUUGUGCAAUGAUGCUUGGCAGCCUACCUGCUUUUGCUUGAGUGCUUUCCUCACUCAUAUUUCACGGGAUGCGGCAGGAAGGGAAAUACAAUCGAAUCCGACGGCCGUGGUAAAUUUGACUCGAAUCCCUCGUAUGCCCUGGGGCUGAGGUGGGUGCCUCUCAGAUAAGCAAUCUAAUCAGCUUUGCGCUUGUGUCCCAUCUGGAAACAGAUUGUUGCCGGAGUACACCACCACCUGAGAAGCAAGCUUCAGUUAAUUCGUUCAGCCGAGGCGAUUUCAUGCCAGAAUGCAGUCCUCAAACAAGAAGGACGAUUGCACUGCCUGUGGCACGCAUAUGCAUGGUGCCUGCCCAGCAGAUCGGCUGCUGCGACAAAGAGCCAUGAACCACCCCAGACAUAUGGGCAAGAUAAGGAAAAGGCUGGAGGAUAUCAAGAACCAGUCCCCGAAGUUGACAAAAGUGGAUUUCAGCCACAACGAAAGCAUAAGAUUGGCCACCGACGCCUUCUUGGAUGGUGGGACAGACUCUUACCUCGAAACUCUAAGCAAAGAGGGCGAGGUGGAUUUCCUCUCCUCGGUGGAAGCUCAGUACAUCAAGGAUAACGCCAGGGAGUCUUAUUAUGCACAGGAGUCGCCAGCUGCCGACGGGGCAGCUGCGCCAAAGCAGAACGAUGCCGGGUCACUGCCUUCAGGGACCUACUUCCCCACCAUUUCUGACUGCAGUGAGCCGGCUCUGCUCCACACAUGGAUUACAGCAGAGAAGCCCUAUUUAAAGGAAAAGUCCACCGCCACUGUGUAUUUCCAAACAGAGAAGAACAGCAACAUUAGAGACAUCAUACGCCGGUACAUCCACAAGACCACUCAGGUGUUAGCUAUCGUGAUGGAUGUGUUCACAGACACUGAGAUUCUCUGUGACCUCCUGGAGGCAGCUAACAAGCGCAUGGUCUUUGUCUACCUGCUGCUGGAUCAUGGCAGUAUAGAUCUUUUCUCGGAGAUGUGCGACAAGUUGCAAAUUUCUGAGGAUCUAUUCAAGAAUAUUUCAGUCCGCAGUGUUACUGGAGAGGUUUACUGUGCCAAAUCAGGCAGGAAAUUUUCAGGACAAAUACAAGAAAAAUUUCUUAUAUCUGACUGGAGAUACGUGCUCUCUGGAUCCUACAGCUUCACGUGGUUGUGUGGCCAGGUUCACCGCAACCUCCUCUCCAAGUUCACGGGCCAGGUCGUGGAGCUGUUCGACGAGGAGUUCCGGCACCUGUACGCGCUGUCCAAGCCCGUGCGGGGCCCCAAGUCCCCGCCGCGCAGCCUCCCCUUCCUGUUCAGCAGGAGCUGGGCCCCCCCGCGCAGCCUCCCCUUCAGCGACGAGGAAAGCGCCAACACCCUCUCCGACCCCUUCAGCAGCCUCUCAGCUGGCAGCACCCACCAGAGCAAGCAGACCCCAAGAAAUCUCAUAUUCAACAGCAACUUCACCCCCCAGUCACCUCUCCACCGAGUCAAUUCCUUCCACAGCUAUGUCUCAUUCACUCCCCCGCCUCCACAGAAGGCCAUCCAGCCUAGCUACUAUCAACCACACUACAUGGCCGAAAACUCCACAGUUCCCUAUAACAACAUGAACAUUUACAGACCUAUAAGGCUCAGGCAAGAGGAACCAAACAGGACAGGGUUAAGCUCAUCCUGGAGAUGCCUUCACAAAGCUAACCUGUUUGCAUAAUAACCACCUUGUUUGGAAAUGUAAGUAAAUGUAGUGAGGACCUGUUUAGCAAUCGCUUGUGUACUGAUGAAUAUAGAAAUUCGGUAUAAUACAAAUGAGGAUAAUUUCAAGCCUCUUGUUUUGUUGCUUAUGGAUGCUUCAUUUCCCUGAUUAAAAAGCCGAGGCUGCUAAUGUGUGAACCUCAGGUGCAUCAGGAUCCCAGGAAGAACACAUCUGAAUAAUGCUGCUCACAGUGCAACUGCUGCUGCCUAUCACCUGCCCCUGGCAGCAUAUUUGUGUACCAGAAGGAUAGUAACUGUUUUUCUUAUGUCCAGGCAACUGAAAGGGGAAAAGGCACAGUUUAUUACUAUGCAUUUUAUGCACUUAAAUAAGGAGACUGAAUGCUGCUAUUUCUGUGGCAAACAGAUGUGCUGGCAGCAGCAGGCUACCUUUGUUCUGUCAUCAAACCUUAAUCUUGAUUUCGGGGGACUCCCUUCAGGCUGGCAGGGAAGCACAGGUCCUGCCAUAGCACUGUCUCAGAGCUCUCUCUGCUUGAGCUGCACAGCAAGGAUGGCUGUUCCCAAGGAUUAUUAGGAAGGGUACCCGUAACAUGGACUGAGACCAACAUUACAGAAGACACCUUACAUUCACAGUACGUUCACUUCCACUCAUCAGCAACACAGGUGUGUCCCAGCACACUUGGUUACAAACCUCCAAUCCUACCAGCUCAGGGCAACUUUCCUUAUUGCAGAGCAGCUGUGAAGGUUCAGACUGGAAAAUGAAGCUGAGUUAAAGAAGCAAAGUCCUACUAGUAACACACCAGGACUGAGUUCCAAUUCAUUUAAUUGCACAUGGAUCUUUGCAGUUGUCUCUGUGGUCAUCUGAUUGAACAUGAAGUUAGAGACGUUGCCGAGUUCUUCAUGGCCUCUAAUUUUUAAAGAUAAACCGGGUGUCUGUAGUGCCCAUGGACUAGUUAAAAAGGGAGUUACAGUGGUUCAGCAGCUUGAACCAAACCAGAAAAACCUUCUGCCAAAUAAUCCACGAAAACUAAGGAAGCUUCUGUAAGCAAAAGUAAGAAAAUUCAUGAAACAAAGGAUUUCUGUCCAAAGUUACCAAGAUGCCUAACAGCUGUUGAUUUAUCAGUACAUAUUUUUUUUUCCACACCCGCUUUGUAUCAUCUUUCAUCUGUCUGCAACAGAAAACAGAACCCUAAACACACUUGCACUUUUGGCCUGUUUUCCUUGACUUCUCACCUGCUCAAAAUGGAAUACAAUUUAAUUAUGUAGACUGUGGAUGAUGAAAAUUGUAUGCAGGUGAAGAAGGUUUCUCAUCCUUGGAAGAGCAAUCAUUUUGGAAGCAUACCUGUAAAGUUUUAAAGAACAUUAUGAAAGGUACAGGAUGGACACAUCCUGCUCUAGCUUCAGUAUGGGUGUUUUAACCAGUAAUACCAAAUUUUGGAGUCCAUAAUAAUAAUCAACUAUUGCAUAUAAUUGUAAAUUCUGUACAUAGCAACAUUUUUUGGAUUCCUUGGGGAGAAGGGAAAUUUGAUUUUCAUGCCUAUGAUAAUUCUACUUAAUUAUCUGAAUAUAGCAACCAUUCAAAUAAAAGAGAAUACUUUUUUCUUCAUA